CAGGAAUUCCGGGUAUAUCGCCGCCGGUGACAGCCUCCCCCCCUCACUCCUCCUCCCUCCCCCUCCUCCCCGAUGGGGUAACACCGACCAUGACCCGCGUCUGGCGUUACAGAUCCGUUGCUAAGCGACGAGCGGCUAUCAACUAAACCGGCCGCGAGGCCUCUCGUUCGCCUGAGACUUCGCAGGAGGAAGCGGAGGAAGCCCCGAUGCUCCGAGUUGGACCGGUGCCCACUUUCUCCACUCGGAACUACUCAUCAUCUUGACUCUGCGAGGAGUUUUAUAGUAAUUCACGACGAAGAGAAAAAACGGUGAUGGAUUGGUUCGGGUUGCUGGCUCUGGACGAGCUGUCCCACGGACUGGCAAACUUGUCCAUGUUUCCGUACUUUGACGUGGCGCACUACGUCGUGUCCAUCAUGGCCCUGAGGGAGCAGCCAGGUGCCCUGGAGGUCUCCAGAGUCAGCCCCUUAGCCUGCUGGUUCAGCUCCAUGCUCUUCUGCUUCGGCGGCGCCGUGCUGUCCGCCAUCAUGCUGGCCGAGCCAGCCGUUGCGCCUUUGUCCAACAGCACCAGUGUUCUGCUCGCGUCGAUCACCUGGUACCUAGUGUUCUAUUGCCCCGUGGACCUGGUGUACUGUUGUGCGGCCCUGCUGCCCCUCCGGCUGGUGCUGUCAGGCAUGAAGGAGGUGACCAGGACGUGGAAGGUGCUUGGCGGGGUCACCCAGGCACACGGCAAAUACAAAGACAGUCUGCUGGUUAUGAUUGCCAUCGGGUGGGCUAAAGGUGCCGGCGGUGGUCUGAUAAGCAACUUUGAGCAGCUGGUCCGAGGUGUAUGGAAACCAGAGACGAAUGAGUUCCUAAAAAUGUCUUACCCCACCAAGAUCACCCUGAUAGGAGCGGUGCUGUUUGCUCUGCAGCAGACCCACUACCUGCCCGUCAAGACACACCACCUGAUGCUGGUCUACACCGUCUUCACCGUCGUCAACAAGGCCAGGAUGAUGCUGACGGGCUCCUCCGCCUCACCGUUUGCCGUCGUCGAGUCGGCCAUCUACAAGACCCUGUUCACUGGCCACUCCCCUUAUGCCGCCCUCGCCGUGGAGGUAAAAAGAGCGUGCAUCGAUCGCGGCGCAACAAACGGGACGACCCCCGCCGGCGCCAAAGAGGUCGGUGGGAACGGGGCGGUCGAGGGACAAAGCGGAUCCCUCAAAGCCAAAGAGGAGUCAGAGAAGAAGAUAAACUAGUCGCCGCCGGAGCGCCUCCCCACCUCGGCGCAGGGUUGUGAAGUCAUUUCUAAUUCAGAUCCGUCGCGUCAUUACCUAAAUGUUGCAUGUUUUUUUGUCCCGUCCCAAAAAUAUUUCUCUUUAUUUGGAAUGCAAUUGAAAUCUGACUGCUGAAAUACUAGCUGACUCCGACCCGUCCUGCACCUUAUUAUGGGAUAAUCACCACGUCCUUAAACUACUGUGAUAUUUAUGCUGUUGGAAGUGAACAUCACAAAUCCUCUGGCUGAUUACACACUUGUAGUACAACGUGUUGCUUAAUUUUGAACAUAUUUAGUGAAAGUGUUAAUUGUGUUUUGGGAACAGUGCUGUGCACCUGCUGAUAUAUUAAUAUCUACGUAUCUUUUUUCUGCUUCAUGUAAAUGCUAUAUUUCCUAUUCUGAAAUGCUUGAAAACAUUUUGUUAAAGAGAUUAUAUUCUAUAAAACUCAGAUAUUUUAUUCUUUUUAUACUGAACACACUGCACUCUUCAAUAAACAUUUAAAAAAUAGAAGACAAUUUUCAUUGUAUUCUGUUUCUAUGGUGAAUGCUUUGAAUUACGCUUGAAAGCAUGAGAAUAAACGGGUUUAAUCAACUA